AUGCAAUUCAUUUUCCAAUUUCCAACCGUACCAACUAUUGCUGCUUGUAAAAAUAAUGGCAAAUGUGUAUCAGCUGCUAUGACUAUAUCUGAUAGUAGUUAUACAUGUAUUUGUCCUGAUCGAUAUUUUGGUUACAAGUGUCAAGAUUUAAAAGCAAGACUUAAUGUUUCUCUAAUUGGUAUUGAUAUUCCAGCUUAUGCGAUAGGUUAUUUCUUUACAAUUUCAAAUCAAUCAAAUCCAAUUACUAUGGUUAAACUACAAAAAUUAACACUCUUUCAACAUAGUGUUAUUUUUUAUAAUGAUCUCACUUGUUUUAUUGAUGAAGCUUAUAUAUGUUUAUGUACAAAUGAACAUCAUGCUAAUUGUAUGGAAUUUAAACAUGAUAGAAAUUUUGAAUUCUCAUUAAUUGUAUUUUAUCUUUUAACUGCAUCAAUUACUUCAUUAAUAAUUAUGAUAUUAUUUGCAUUAAAAUUUUGGUUACUUUUUCUGUCUUAUCAAUUGAGUUUAGAACAAUGUGGUUUACAAACUAUUCUUCUUUUAAAUUGUCGAAUUGUUGAACCACUUCUAAAAGUUAUAUUAUAUAUAGACAAAUGGCUUCAGACUUGCGUGGCUAUAGAACGAAUUAUUUCUUUGCGACAUGGAAUUAAUUUUAUUUCAGCUAUUACUAUUAUUAUAAUAACUACUUAUCAACGAUCAACUUGCCAAAAAGAUCGUACUUUCUGA